AUGGAUGUGCUAACUGGGGGCAAUGGAAAUGCCAGGGUCUGGAUUGAAAAUCAUCCCACCGAGGGCUGGGCACCUGGUCGAGUCGAUUCCGUGGGCUCGAAUGGACUCUAUGUGGUGGUGGACGACCAGGGCACGAAGUUCGAGGUGGCACCAGAGAACGCCAGACAAGUGGAUCCCAACUGCCUAAGGGGAGUGGACGACUUGUUGUCACUUGGCGACUUCAACGAGGGAGCGCUCCUUCACAACGUGCGCUCCAGAUACUUCAAUGACAAUAUCUACACCGGCAUUGGCAGCCCCAUCCUUAUUUCAGUCAAUCCUUUUCAGAAUCUUCCUGGGCUUUACACGGAAGCGAAGCAGAAAUUCUACCGCGAGCGAUCUGCAGCAGCAGGCAGCGGCGAAGAUGCGGAUGUGCCUCCCCAUCUUUUCUCCGUUGCUGCAGCUGCCUAUACUGCCAUGCUGGGGGAUGCAAGGAAUCAGUCAAUUAUCAUCUCGGGCGAAAGUGGGGCUGGCAAGACGGAGGCAACGAAACGCAUCCUUACGUAUUUUGCAAACCUCCAAAGGACGGCAGGCGCCACAAGCGAGAAGACGAGCAUCGAAGAGCAGGUGCUUAGAUCUAACCCCAUCCUGGAAGCCUUUGGCAAUGCAAAGACGAUAAGAAAUGACAACUCCUCCCGCUUUGGCAAGUUCAUUGACAUAGAGUUUGGUAGUUCCGGGAAGCUGACAAGUGCCAAAAUCUCGAACUACCUGUUGGAGAAGAGCCGUAUUGUCAAGCAACAGCCAGAUGAAAGAGGAUACCAUGCAUUCUAUCAGCUGUGCGCUGGUGGCCACUCGCUGUCCGACAUCGGUCCAACUCUGGGGUUGCGCUCGGCCUACGAGCAUUCCUACACAGCAGUCUGCACGGAAAUUGACGGGGUCGACGAUGCCAGCAUGUUGGAGGAGGCUGCAGACUGCAUGGAUGGCCUGGGCUUCAGCAAGGAGGAGAAGAACUCGGUGUUUCAGAUUGUGGCUGCAGUGCUGCACUUGGGUGAUAUGCAGUUCGAGGAGGGGGAUGACGGAAGCGUUCUGCCCGAUGGCGCGCUGACCGACAAGAUUUGCGAGCUACUGAAAGUGUCCAAGGCAGAUUUCACAACGACCUUUCAGCACAAAACCCUGGAAGAUCCAUUCACAAAGAAGAUCAUUCACAUGCCGCAGGAUCCAACAAGCUCAUCAAACACCCGUCACUCGAUGGCCAAGCACCUGUACUCUCGACUUUUUGACUGGCUCGUUUGGCGGAUCAACCUCAGCGCUGCUGGCAAAGGUGGCGGUGGUGGCAGAAAGGAGAACACCAAGAAGAUCGGCAUUUUGGACAUCUAUGGGUUCGAGGUCUUUGAGUGGAACUCCUUUGAGCAGCUUUGCAUUAAUUUUGCAAAUGAGAAGCUGCAGCAGCACUUCAACUCGCACAUGUUCACGCUGGAGCAGCAGCUCUACAACGAGGAGGGAAUCUCCUGGAGCCAUAUUGAGUGGCAAGAUAACAAAGAAAUUAUCGACCAACUGGAGAGAAAGCCGCUAGGACUGUUUUGCAUUCUCGACUCGGAGUGCUUGAUGCCCAAUGCUACAGAUGACACGUGCUUGAGCAAGAUUCAUAGUUCCUUCAAGUCCUCACGCGUGGUCUACAAGACGUCCCGUUUCAAGUCCACAAAUUUUGCAGUGGCACAUUAUGCGGGCGAGGUGGUCUACAAUGUCAUUUCAUUCUUGGAGAAGAACACAGACAAACUUCAUGCCGAUAUCACAAACCUGUUGAAGUCAUCCUCGAUGCCCAUCACGCGGACGCUGUUCUCAGACCCUCGCUUCGCGCCGGAUAUGCAGGCUCAGGCAGCCCAGAGCCGACCCGGAGCUCCCCCGGCAAAGCGUGGGGAGCCGAACCAGAGAGCAAAGCAGAACGUCACCGUUAGUGUGAUGUUCCGGCAGCAGCUGGAUCAGCUUGUAGAGGAUCUCAAUCGCACCAAUCCUCGCUACAUCCGGUGCAUCAAGCCAAAUGGCAACAAGCAGGCGCAUGAGAUGGAUUCGCUGGAUGUUCAGAGGCAGCUCCGGUGUGCUGGCAUGCUGGAGUCCAUUCGAAUCCGGAGGGCUGGCUACCCAGUGCGUCGUCCUUUCAAGGAAUUUUUCAACAGGUUCCGGCUUCUUUGCCCUCAUGUGUCAACUGGCCGAAGCCUGGAUCCAGAUUACAAAGAGCUAUGCCGACGCGUUCUGACAGAUGUGGAGGCCAAAUUUCAGGCUCAAAGGCAGCCUGUGGAGGCCAAGUCAUGGCAGGUUGGGCGCAGCAAAGUUUUCCUGAAAGAGGAGUUGCAAGGAAGAUUGGAGAAGGCGCUCGGCGAGGCAGUCAAGGUCUACGUCGUACGGAUGCAGAAGAGGUGGCGUGGAAGCAGAGCAAGACGCAAAUACCGUGUGAUGAGGGGGGCCGCCGUCCAGGUGCAAGCACUGCUGCGCACCUUGCGCUCGGCCUCGGAGUUCCAGAAGCGCUUGCAGCAGCACCGCGAAGCCCGCGCCGCUCUUCUCACUGCUGAAGCCGAGCUGCCCAGCUUGCGAAGUGGGCUGGCCGCGGCAGAUGAGCAGCUGCCAGAGGAGCGGUGCGUGCCAGCGGAGAAGGACAUGGAGUUGAUACAGCUGGAGGCUUCUGCCGCUCAAGUUGCACGGCGCGAGCGCGAUGCCCAGAACGAGCUUCGAGAAUGCAAAGAUGAGCUGGAGGCAGCGCGGGAAGCCGCUGAGGCGGCUGAGAGAAGAUGUGCACAAAAGGAGUCCUCGCACCAGUGGCUGCAGAAGGAGAAUGAGCGCCUGAAGGCCGCUCUUCUCAGUGCUGAAGCCGAGCUGCCCAGCUUGCGGAGUGGGCUGACCACUGCAGAUCGGCAGCUACUCGAGGCCAAAGAAGAAUCCCGGGCUUCUCAGCAGCGGUGCGUGCGAGCGGAAGAGGACAUGGAGUUGAUACAGAGGCAGCUGAAGCAGUUGGAGGCUUCUGCCGCUCAAGUUGCACGGCGCGAGCGCGAUGCCCAGAACGAGCUUCGAGAAUGCAAAGAUGAGCUGGAGGCUGCGCGGGAAACCGCCGAUGCGGCUGAGAGAAGAGGGGCACAAAAGGAGUCCUCGCACCAGUGGCUGCAGAAGGAGAAUGAGCGCCUGAAGGCCGCUCUUCUCAGUGCUGAAGCCGAGCUGCCCAGCUUGCGGAGUGGGCUGACCACUGCAGAUCGGCAGCUACUCGAGGCCAAAGAAGAAUCCCGGGCUUCUCAGCAGCGGUGCGUGCGAGCGGAAGAGGACAUGGAGUUGAUACAGAGGCAGCUGAAGCAGUUGGAGGCUUCUGCCGCUCAAGUUGCACGGCGCGAGCGUGAUGCCCAGAACGAGCUUCGAGAAUGCAAAGAUGAGCUGGAGGCUGCGCGGGAAACCGCCGAUGCGGCUGAGAGAAGAGGGGCACAAAAGGAGUCCUCGCACCAGUGGCUGCAGAAGGAGAAUGAGCGCCUGAAGGCCGCCCUUCUCAGUGCUGAAGCCGAGCUGCCCAGCUUGCGAAGCGGGCUGACAUCGGCAGAUCAGCAGCUACUCGAGGCCAAAGAAGAAUCCCGGGCUUCUCAGCAGCGGUGCAUGCGAGCGGAGGAGGACAUGGAGUUGAUACAGAGGCAGCUGAAGCAGUUGGAGGCUUCUUCCGCUCAAGUUGCACGGCGCGAGCGCGAUGCCCAGAACGAGCUUCGAGAAUGCAAAGAUGAGCUGGAGGCUGCGCGGGAAACCGCCGAUGCGGCUGAGAGAAGAGGGGCACAAAAGGAGUCCUCGCACCAGUGGCUGCAGAAGGAGAAUGAGCGCCUGAAGGCCGCGCUUCUCAGUGCUGAAGCCGAGCUGCCCAGCUUUCGAUUGAAGCUGACCACGGCGGAGGAGCAGCUACUCGAGGCCAAAGAAGAAUCCCGGGCUUCUCAGCAGCGGUGCAUGCGAGCGGAGGAGGACAUGGAGUCGAUACAGAGGCAGCUGAAGCAGUUGGAGGCUUCUGCCGCUCAAGUUGCACGGCGCGAGCGUGAUGCCCAGAACGAGCUUCGAGAAUGCAAAGAUGAGCUGGAGGCUGCGCGGGAAGCCGCCGAUGCGGCUGGGAGAAGAGGGGCACAAAAGGAGUCCUCGCACCAGUGGCUGCAGAAGGAGAAUGAGCGCCUGAAGGCAGAGCUUGCAGACUCCAAUGCCGAGCGUGCCAAGAUGCGUCAGCAGGUGGAUGAAGUCCUGAAGAAACAACAGGAUUGCGAAGUGGACAAGUGGAAGCAGGCCGCCCACUUUGAGCGCGAAUACGGCAAAGCGAAGGUGCUGAUUGCAGACUACGAGAAGGCCAGGUUUGUGGCGAAGCACUGCGCCAUCACAGCAUGCCCGAAGGAGCUAGGGAAGGCGGCGCUCGCAGUCAGUGGCGACGCUUCCCAGACCAAGGCCUUGCAGCAGCAACUGGAGAAGUACCACCAGGAGCUCCGAACCAUCCGAAUGGAAAGGGAUGACGCCCAGCAUAAGCUGGAUGAGAACGAAUCGGCAGGGGAGUUUUUCAAGGAGAGGUACCGAACAGCGCAGGAUGAGUUGCGCCAAUUGAAGCAGGAAAAUGCCCACCUGUCAGCAACGACGGACAAGCUGAAGCAGCGUUUGCAGAAUGCUGCUCAAUCCGACGAUGUCUUGGGCACGGGGCUUGACUCCCAGGAAUCAAUGCAGAAGAUUCAAAAGCUGACGGACGAGAUGAAACGAGUGCAGGCUUGGGGGAUGAAAUCCAAGCAGCUGGCUGACUGCCUGAACCAAUUGCUGGCUUUGGAGUCUGCGCAGACCAAGCUCUAUGAGCAAACCUGCGACAUCAAAGACUUCGGAGUCAUUGGUGAGAUCCAGAGAAGGAAGGAUCAGGCAGAAGCCAUCCGCAGACAAUGCGAUCAGCUAAUGUCAAAUUCAAUUGCUUGAUGUGCCGUGAGAGGGGCCGGGUAGUAGUUGCCAGCAGCUGCACUGCAAAAGCAGGGUUAGGCAAGCUGCUGGCAGGUAUGCAUUGCUUUUCCAAGCGUGAGCGCCUGAUGCUGCGCCAAUGCACCGCUUGAAGGUUGGCUCGGUUUCGAAGAGAGAAAUCUGCUAAAGGCAGCGGCUUGUAGCACCCCCCCCCCUCGCGCCCACCUUCCGCAUUGCAUGACAGGCGCGC